GUUUAAGGGUAUACGCCCGUAGCCGUAGUUUCGUACAGUCCGCACCCGACUGUAGGUCCGAGCAGGUUCGAGUAGCAGAAGUACGUGUAUAUCUAGAAAUCAUCGACACCAAGAACAAAACGUUUUAAGUUCGGGUAGAAGUAUUUUGUUGCUUGAAACCCGAUGCGAUUACAUCCAGCGUGCAGGAGAGCUAGUGAAGUCGUGGCGGUGGUCGGUGGUUGUUUCGACCCUGGAGUGUUUUCCGUGUAGAAUGGUCGCGGGUGUCGCGCGCAUCGCUGCCAGCCCGCAGAGUGUCGUGCCAAAAUAAAUCGGCAUAGCAAGGUACAGAAGUAAAGAGUGAGACCUGGGGAAUGGGUACCGAUGAACUAUGUAUAAGUGCCAGUGGCACUUACUAGUUUUUGGAAUUCCUUGUGUGAUGGGCAUUGCUUUAGCCACCUCGUAUUUUGAGGGAAUAGUGGCUUCCUGCUGAAGGUACCAGCGAACAGCGGGGCCCACCUGUGGGCCCCUGUAUAUUUUAUUACUGAGGUCAUUUAAUAUCGGUGAAAGCCGAUUAGAUUCCUCUACCUGUACUGGUGAACUCGUCAGAUUACCCGCCACAGGACGGGUUAUGUUUCCCACUUUCAUUGGGAUCCUAGACAUUCAAUCGUGGUGGGAGGUCCCAAGUAUAGCGCACUUCUGCUCAUUAUUUAGGGCUGCCUUCAAUCUUCUGGACUUUGAUAUCGAGGAUCUUGAAGAAGCCCUUUUAACUGAUGGUGGCACCGAAGGACGACUGUUGCAAGAGUUGAUAGUGCGUUUACUAGAGGGCUGCCUUCCCAACGAUACACGCAAUGACAUCUCUACCUUUAACUAUCAAAUGUUCCUUCGUAGGCUGUUUCGUAAGAAGUGUCAGGAGGAGUCGCUAAGCAACUUAGACUCGGAUAGUCUGCGAGUUGAACCAUUGGGUCAUGAUCGAAAGAAUUCUGCUUACUGGUACUUUUACGGAACUCGACUAUAUAGGGAGGACUACAUUGGUACAUUUAGCAGUAUCUCUCAAAAACAAAAAGGCAAGCCAAAGGACAAGAAGCGCAAGAGACGUUGUCGGAACAGAGUGGCGAAAGAGGAGGAGGAGAAGAAAGAGAAGAAGGAGGAAGAAGAUAGUUUAGUGGAACACGAACAGGACACAGAUAAAGCAGAGGAAAAACCAGAAGAAGAAAAGGCUUGCGAAAGCGUUUGGCAAGUGGUCUGUUUUACUCAACAGGACUGGGGUCGAUUAGUCGAUAAGUUUCGAAACUCGGAAUACGACAUUGAGCGGAAACUCUACAACACCUUAUCCGAGGACUUUAUGCCGGAGAUCCCGAAGCUGUUCGAUCUGAAGGAGAAACAACAGAGGCGCAGACUGUUACAGCGGACCAACUCCCGUAUUCUUCGAAGCCAAGAACCUGCUGAGGAAUCGGAAGCAGUCAUGGUUAGGGCUAAAGUCAAAACAAAGAUAAAUAAGAGCUCGAAGAAGAACAGCGGGCAGCGCUCGAAGGGUGGAGAAGCCGAGGAUGGGGUGCCAAAAGCGAAUGUGGCGCCGCCUAUCCAGAAGAAGGGACGCCAGACUAACAAUUCUUUGGCUUCGGCCGUUGGUCAAAUUGUUAUCCAUACAAGGGACGAAGUUGAGGACUUAGGAAGUAAAAGGGGCAUAGGUCGGCAUGGCAUCACCACGUAUCACUCAUCCAAUUAUGGUUACGGUUAUGGAUAUGGUUUUGGUAUCGAGGAGGAAGAACGCAGAGUUGGUAUGCAUAAAGUUCUUGAGAGUCUCAAAGAUCAUGUGGAUGCUUGGCCAUUCAUUGAUCCAGUGGAUGAGGAGUAUGCACCCAGGUACUAUAGCGUGGUUAGACGUCCCAUGGAUCUAAGUACAAUGGAAGAAAAAUUGGAAGGUGGUUCGUACAAGAGUCUUAGUCAGUUCAAACGUGACUUCCGGUUGAUCGUUGAUAACUGUAGGCAAUACAACGGCUCUGAUAAUGAAUAUACGGAAAUGGCGGUCAAUCUCAAAGAAGCUUUCGACAGGGCAGUAGAUCGAUACCUUGAAUCGGAACCGUCAAGUGAUGAAGGACCACCAUCGCCAACGCCCCCGCCAGUACUAGCAAAUCCACCUCCUUAUCCUCGUAGAGCAUCUUCGCCAUCAUUGCCACAACAGAAUCCUCGAAAGCGAGGACGCAAGCCAAAUAAGAAAUCGAAACCAAACAGGCCAGAGAAGACUGCAAAAGAAAAAUUGAAGAAUGAUGAAGAGGAGGAGGAAGAGGAGGAGGCUGUAAAGCCAAUUAUAAGUGAGAUUGAAUCAAAGCUGACCAAGGAUAAGAAAGGUAAGAAAAAGCUAAAGAAAAUAAAAGAAGUAGAGCCGCAGGACGAGGACGAGGACGAAGAAGAUAAGGAUCAGGAAAAUGAUGGUGCAAUAUCCGAAGUCAAUGUGAUAAAAUCCAAAAGGAAAAAACAUAUGGAGCUCUUGUCAAAAAGUAAGAAAAUAUUACCCAAAGAGGAGAAGGCAGUGGAAUCAAGAAAGAAUAGUAAGAGAGAUACCAGAGUACAGCAGCGAGUCAAAGAAGAAAUGAAGUUAGUGCAUGUAAUGAAGGCGAUGAAGGAGGAUAAGAAAAAGAAGGAUGAUUUCGAGGAGGAUUACGAUACUCAGAGUAUCGUCAAGAGCAAGAGUAAACAAAUAGAAAAGAAAGAAGUACAGGAGACCUUGGAGAAGGGUACCAAGAGGACUAAACAGAAAAAAGCCGAAUCUCAAGAGAACUGUAAAGCUCAAGAGGAAGAAAACGGACCAGCUCAGGCGAAGACAAAGAAAACUCGACGAGACGAAAAAGUAGAAUUAGAAUUAUUUGAAAGGACCAAUGAGAAGUCUGACACCAAAGGCUCGUCCAAGGAAAAAGAUAAGAAAUCGAAGAUGAACAAACAGGAGCGUGUGAAAAAUGGCGUCAUGAAAAACCAAGAAAAUUCUGAUACGACGAGUGGUAGUAAAUUUGAAGCGGACGACGAUAAAAUGGACCCAACCUCGAAGAAAUUCGCAUCUCUGGUGAGAAAUAAAGACCUAGAAUCGCUUGAUAGCUUAAAGGAUCGUAUAAGCGAGAGGCGACGCGAGGAGAAGUUGAAAUUAGAGAGAGAGAAAUUGAAGAAGACUUCAAAGGAUAGCGGCCGUGGGGUGUAUCCAAAAAAAGUGCCUUCAAACGGCAGUAGCCUUCAAGAUGCCGGUAAAGUCAAUAAGAAACAAUUGAGACCUAAGAAGACGACCAAGGAGGAUAAGGGGUCCGGAAACAGUAAGAAUCAAGAACAGGAAGUAAUUGAAACUAAGAAGUCGAAAACUUUACAAUCCAAGCAUGCUAAAGGUUUUGGAAGUGAGGAAGGUACUAAUAUUCAGGCUUUGAACCAAGCCACGGAACAGACCCUUAACGAUAUCAACAAAUGGCUCGAUGACACACCUAGACUCUCUGAAUUCUCAUCUGGUAGUGAUUCGCCAAUAUUUCAUCCAUCCACUAGCGAACCUUUGCGAACCGGAACUAAACCUGACGUGUCGCGAAAACGUCCGAGUUCGACUAAAUUAUUUGGACCAAAUGGUCCACCGAGGCCGAAAAAAGUUCAGCGAACAAUUGAUCGUCUCCAGCCUGGUAAAAGUAAGGGAAAUCUUCUUUUGAAAAAACCUCUACAUUUACCAAGUAAUACCAUAAACGAUACCGCAUCCAUUCAAGCAACAUCGGACACAGAUCAAACAAAUCGUGACACUUUGGAAGAACCAAAAUUAAGUUUGGGAACCGUCCUACGAAACGCAGAUUCGAUUCAAUUGAUUUGUAAGAGCCUCGUCUCCUCACCCAAUCCAAAUCUAUCGAAUGAGGAUGACGACGAGGAUCAUCCUGGUAUUCCAGCAAGCACCUCGACAAGCAUCAAGGAAGAAAAAGCGACUAUAGGCAAGGAAACUACAGUUCCGGUUACUACAAGCGGAGAAAGUAUAGAGUCCAGUAGUCGUGUGAUUAGUGAGGAUUCGCAAAAACCAAAAUCUGCAACUCCGAAUUUAAGUGCCUGGUUCAAGGCGUUUGGUGCACCGAAAUCAAAGAAAAAAGAGGAAGAAGUUGAGGAAAGUGUAACGAAAAAGGAAAGUGACACACCGGAGGUCUGUACAAGACAGAGACGUCUCAGUACUGGGGGAAGUAGCGUGAGCGAAUCCGUAUCGAGCUUUUCACAAGAAUCACCACCACCAGGUCGUUCAGGCAAAUCGCCGCAAAAUCAACCUCUACCCAUCCCAGCUGAGCCACAAAUCAGGGGUGCAGGAUUUUACCAGGAUGCCUUAUCCACGGGUAGUAGCCCUUAUAACAGUCCUUAUUACACAACACCUCCUAGAUACAGUGCGCAGCUGCCACCGACCCCAUCUCCACAGAACAACCCUAUAUCACCAGCCUAUCCUUCUUCAUCGCCGUAUGACCAAGCGACAUCCCUUUAUCCACAAGUUGCUCCACAACCUUCUUUACAAUCUUACCAAAAAGCUCCUUUAGAUAAUCCUGGGGAUUAUCGACAAUUGUCACCAACUUUCUCGCAGCGCUCACCACAGAAUGCUAAUUAUCCACAAAAUUCCCCUCAGAGUCAAUCAUACUCUCAACAACUACCUUCAGGUAGCCAAAAUCAGUCACCGGUGUAUCCUCAGCAUUCACCACAGUCCAUACCUACAAAUUAUCCACAAUCAUCUCCACAGACGCCAUCGAGUUAUUCUCAGCCCUCUCCACAGCAGCCACCAACACCGAAUUAUAAUCAACCUUCACCACAAGCAGCGCCUGCUAAUUAUUCUCAACCAUCUCCUCAACAACCACCAACUUACUCACAACCAUCACCACAACAACAUUCGAAUUAUUCUCAACCUUCUCCACAACCGCCGCCAAGUUAUUCCCAACCUUCUCCUCAGCAACCACCAACGUAUUCGCAACACUCGCCACAAACACCAGGAAGUUACUCUCAACCUUCCCCUCAGCCACUUUCAAAUUACUCCCAACCUUCGCCACAACCUCCUGGAUACUCACAACCAUCACCACAGCCACCCUCUAGUUACCCCCAACCAUCUACUCAACCCUCAAAUUAUAAUCAACCAUCUCCUCAACCUCCAGGUUACUCGCAGUCUUCCCCUCAACACCCACCUGGGUAUUCACAAUCUUCACCACAGAAUUUAGCCUAUUCUCAACCUUCACCUCAAAAUUCAGGUUAUUCGCAACCGUCUUCUCAACAAUCUCUGAGCUUUUCUCAAUCUUCUCCGAAACCAACUGCCAAUUACUCUCAACCAUCUCCUCAACAGCCACCUAGUUAUUCACAUCCUUCCCCUCAGCGACCUCCAACCUAUUCACAAAUGUCGCCGCAGCAAGCUCCUGUGAGCACUUAUUCUCAACCUUCCUCUCAACAACCGCGCAAUUAUUCUCAACCAUCGCCACAACAAACAUCCAACUGUCCUCAACCAUCAGCAUCUCAACCAACAGCAAAUUAUUCCCAACCCUCGCCACAACAACCAUCGAAUUACACGCAGGUAGUGAAGAACUCAGACAAUUAUCCACAAAACGCAGCACCUGGAUAUCCUCCUCAAAGUUUCAAACAAAAUCCAUCCUACUUACCACUUGCAAAUGAAUCUGAUAGAAGAGCUGAGUUUCUAAAACCCACUGAAGGAAAAUCUCAGAGUGUUGUAGAACAGCACAGAAAUUUCGUUGGACAAAACGAACCAACAUUGAGCCCUAAUAUUGCACACCAAGUGUAUCAAGGACCGAAUCAAUAUCCAACAGCUUAUGGAAACACUUUCUCAGGUUCGGAUCGACCAGUGAAUAUUAACACAGACCCACAAAGACCUUCCUCGAGAAUUGAAGAGCAAAAUCCACAUCAGCCGCAAGAAAGACAUGGCUUCCCAGCACCUAACGACUCUUUGAACGUACAAAAAUACGCUCAGGCAGUUACGCAACAGCGAUCCUUCCUAUGUAAACCUUCCAGUGGUGGAGAACAACUGCAGCCCGCGGAUCAAUCUCAGUUGUUGAGUUUUCAGCAAAAUAUACCUCCACACGAGUCUUUAUAUCAGUCAGCAACAGGCUUCCAGACGCCACCGUAUCCAAUGCCGAAUUCUAGCUGCAGGCCUGUUUAUCCAAGUCCACAUUACUUCGAUACAAGUGCCAAGGGUUCACCUGUAGCACCUACCACAAGUAAUCUGGCUCCUGUGAAGAAACGCAUGUACAAUGAGCCGGCUGAAUCAUCAAGGAAUCUCCCGCAGGAUCCAGGUCGUCCACAGGAUCAGUUUGGAUUCGAUCCAAUAAUGUCAUUAUCACAAGCUGAACCUGUACCUGGUGGCCAGUUUGAUAGUACAUUUGGAUCUUUGGCGGAUUCUGUAGCAUCCAAUCCUGCCUACGCAAGGCUUGGUCUGGGAAUAGUGGGAAGAGGUAACAAGGAGCAGCAACAGCUUUUGACCAUUCCAAGACCUCCAACCAAACCAGAUCCUAUGACGUAUGCUCGGAGUCCUGCACCAACUUCUGAUUUAGAUUUGAAUCUUCUCCAAAGUUUAAACGCCACAGCAAAGAAUCCAGGUAUGCUGUCGGUACCACGUCGUCCUCCAGAAGUACCAGCCACACCAGCUAACACCAAAGCCAAGAAGAGUAGGAAAAAUAAACAACAACAAAACGUAGCACCUGUUCCUCCUCAAGGAAACAUAGAACAACAGAGUGGAAGUGCAAUUCCAGGUUUUCCACAAUAUUCAACCAGUCCUACAGAUCCAAUUGCUCUGAAAAACGCAUCGAUAGUUCCACCAGGCGGAAGUGCUUUUAAUUUUGCAGCACCAAGCGGGACUGCAAACAGUUCACCAUUUUACGACAAGGACACUGCAGCCGUUGCCACGUUCGCCUUUCUUGACGAAUUCAGGAAUCCUAGUAGUUACUACAACAUGGCCCUCAGACAGCAGCAGCAGCAACAGCAACAACAGCAAGGCACACCGGUUACAGACGCCUCGCAGCAGGCCUGCAACAAAUUGAAUAAUCAACCACCUCGGAAUUAUCCUCCACAUCCAUUUUUACAUUCGACGCAACGCUCGGCCGCGUACGGUCCGCCAGUUUCAGCAUAUGUCGGUCCGCAUGGACCAAAUUUGGGAGUGGAUCCUGCAUAUCAGCAGUAUAUACAUUCACUGUACGCAUUACAGCCUCCUCCGCAUCAUCACAGACCAUCCUGGCUCUAGCCCUUGAAAUCUGCUUAGAAAGGCAAUCAUUGCGUAUCUCUUAAAGAGGGAAAAGCUAGUAUAAGACAAAUAAACCGAAGAAGGAAAGCUAGAUAUACAGAGAGAGUACGAGGAUAAAGCUCUCUAAAUUUUGUUAUUAUUUUCAAAAACUGCUCCCAGUUUUACACAUUCUUUUUUAUCUGACAAGAUUUCUCGACAUUUUAUACAUUUUACUAGGAUCCCAGCUUUUAUUCCUUAAUAUAUAUGUAGUAAUAUGUAUAUAAUAUAAAGUUAUAUUUGUGACAGGACGUGAAUCAGGAACUUCACGGUGAAGCUUUAAGAUCUAUAAGGAUCAAGUUUAGCUCCUGAUUCAUGUCUGGAUCAGUAGAUAUCGUUCAAAGAACUAGACAGCUCUAUAAUGACCUAGAUAUACGUUGACUACCAAUCUAAAGAGAUUUCUGUACAAUAUAUUUGCGUACACUGCCAUGAGUGUGCGUUAUGUAGAGUACGUAUAUGUAAUGAUAAGCAAUAGAGUUAAGAUAGAACCUUUUCUUUGUACAUAACAUACAUAUCCCCAAAAGACGGCUACGUGCAGUUUAUAUAGACAGAUUCGCAGCGUCAAAGACAUUACGAACUGCAAUGAUUAGGAUCAUCCAGGAUGAUGCAUAGAGAAAAGAAAGAAGACAGAGUAAAAAAAUAUGUAUUCCUGAUUAAUCUAUUACCCCACCUAUAUUGAUUUAAAUGAAAUAUUGAUACAAAAGAUGUCUGAAGAAUUAUAUAUAUAUACAGAGUGUAUCACCAGAAAUGCACGUUUGAGAUUUGCGGUGAA